CAUAAAUGAAAAGUCUCUGUCGAAGCGAAGAUACCACGAACUAAAACUAAAAAUAAGAAAAUAGAAAACUAAAAGACGAAAAAAGUGUAGAAAAAAUUGCCAGUGAAAAGUAUGGAUUAAAAAUUCUAACAAAUUCAUUUAUUAUAUCUUCAUAAAGUUAAAUUAUAAAGCUCCAAUUGAACCCCAAAGAAAAACAUAUUUCUACGAAGAAACAAAGAAAAUCUAUCAAAAAGUUCGUGCGUAACUCGUAACAAAAAGAAGCAAACAAUUCUCAAAAAAAUUAAAACUGUUCAAAAAGUGAAGUACCAAAUUUAUUAUUAUUAUUUGCACAUUAAUUGUUGAGACGCAUUGUUGAAAAUAUUAUUGUUGAUUGGGUCAACAAGCUAACAGAAAAAGAAGAGGUCUUGAAACAAAAAGAAGGCUCAUUACGAUUACGAUCAGGGCUACAGCUGAAAAAGGGCACUUUGCCAAACAAACAUAAACAGGGACUGACAGUAGUGACGGCGGACGGAAAGGAAGAAGCAGGCAACAAUAUAGAGCACCGAAAUUAUUGAUACCUAUUUAUUGAAAGAAACUUUUGCGGUGUGCGGUGGCGCGUAGCGGAUCACUUAUAUUGUGUAUUUUUUGUGUCUAGUUCUUGUCAACGUCCUCCACAUCGUAGUCGUAUAGACGUCCAUCCAACCAUCCAUCCGGCCUUGUGCUUUAUUUUGGAAACAAGAAGAAAGCAGGAAGCUUCAGCAGCUGAACAAUGAGUGAACUAUCACCAGAAGAGAUAAGAGCCAGAAGACUGCGCAUCUUAACUGCUGGUCUAAAUACAACACCACGUACAGCAGAGGCUGAGAGUCCUCAACAAGCAGAGACUCCACGUAGUUCAACGAAUGUGGCCAAAGAAUCACGUUUGGUUAAAAAUGCGUUACAAAUGACAUUGGACACCAGCAGCAAAGUAAACACUGAACCCACAAUUAGCAGCACAUCACCCACUUCAACUUCGACUUCGACUGCACCUGCAACUGCAAUUGAAACUGCAACUAAAACUGCAACUGCAAUUGCAACUGAAACUUCAACGUCAACUGAAACUAAAACUGGAGUUGAAACGCCAAAAUCAAUUCUAACAGAUGCUGUUCAGAAAAUGGAAACUGAUGAAUUCCCUUUGCUGCCCCCAUGUCGCAAAUCAACCGAUGGCAAUGACAAAUUCAAAGACUCCGACUCGGGCAUUGAGAAUAUGGAAACCAGUGAGAAUACAUCACCUGUCACAGAUGGAUGUCUGAUGAUCCCAGCUAUUGAAGCCAUCGAAGAGAAGAUCGAACAAUACGUCUCGAAGAUACUGAAUGCCACAUGGAACGACAAUAGCAUUGGCAAAUUGAUAUGCGCACAAGUUGGCAAUCUAAUCGAGAUGUUCCCCGAGAAACGUUACAACUUUAAGACACUCGUUUCGGAAAUCCUUAUGGAGUGCGUAACGAGGAUAUACAGCAACGAAAAGCCAGAAUCCAUUGAGGCAGACAGCUGCGAUCAGUAUUCGACUCCGAAGAAGAUCAAAAGCGACGACACCGAAGUACAGGAGAUCCUGGCUAAUGUUGUGGCCACCGGGAGCACUGCAGAAGUCGAACCGAGGCCAGAUCAACCCAGUUCGUCGCGUCCGAGCACCAGCGACCCACCAACAACACACCUAAAGCCCUUGCGUCAAGGGAAGACCUCUGUCAUCUUGUAUCUAAUCAAAUGCUACAAGAACUAUCAGAGCGUUAGCAGUCGGGCCGAUCUCACCGUGGACCCCUUGUUCAAGACAACACUGGGGUUCAUACAUCAAUCCCUAAUGCGGUUUAGCAUUCUCGCUUUGAACGACACCCUGCAUCAGCACACACAAUACCAAUUGGACCAGUCGUAUCUGCUGGAAAUAAUAUACCAAGAUCGCUGUCCUGAAGAGUUCCUGCAUGAUCUGGUGAUUGAAGCCUACAAGUACCCGGCUGAUUUCGAGUACAUAUUCGGACAGUUGCUGCGGGCUUUGUUUAUGGGCAUGCAGAGGAACAUUUGCACGACUUACAUGCAGACGGAUCAGAUACAGACGUUGGCCAACUUGAUUGUCAUCAAAGUGGGAAAUGCUCGACCCAUUUGUGAUUUGAUGGUGAAGCAGGCGAACUUUUUGCCAGAAAUCUGCACCAAAAUUGCCGGUCGAGAGAUUGUCAAGUGCAGUUACUUGGGACCGUUCCUGUCGGUCUCGAUGUUUGCCGAAGAGAACAUCAAAUUUGCCGAGACAAAUGGAAGAAGUUCUAUAUUGGCAGUAACUUCUGGUAAAUUUAGACUGCAACUCCAUUCGAUGCGAACUCUUAUGCACACAGUGUUCCAUUCGCUACUAGUAAAUGUCAACAGUCGUCCCAUCACACUACAAUACAUCUCGCAGGUGCUAUUGCACAACGAACGACGUGUCCAAAUUGCCUCCGACGAGAAGCUCUUGGCUCGCGACGGUUUUGUCAUCAAUCUGAUGGUUGUCCUGCAACAGCUAUCGGUUAAAAUUAAAUUGGAUCGUGUCGAUCCACUAUUUCCAUUCUACUCGAAUUCACUGAUUUACAUCGAAAAUGACACAAAAUUACGAUUCACCGAAGAGGAGUACAAGAAAUUCUUGGAACGUGAUUUUAAAGAUUCCGAACACAAUGCCAAUUUCCAGACGCAAUGUUGGUUCCUGACAUUGCAAGCUCAUCAUUUGGGCUUUAUGCCAGCCAUACAGAGAUAUCGGCAGAAGACACGAGCCAUCAAGGAGUUGCAGAAGUUAAUUGACGAAUUGGAUAAGACCAAAUCCCAUUGGGAAAAUACUCCAUAUGCCAAGCGUAAUAAACAAUUCAGGGAUCGUUGGUUGAAGCAAUUGAAGAAACUCAAUAGAUCAAAAAUUUGCAGUGAAGUUUGUCUCUUGGAUCCAAAACUCAUAACUUCUUGCAUGUACUUCUAUUCCACUGUUUGUGAAUUCCUAUUAUACCAAAUGGAGGGGCGAAAGAUCGAUGGUCCAUUCAUAUCCAAAGUCAAUGCACCACUAAUGAAGCCCACUGAUGCAUUUGCUGCACUGCCCGAGUGGUAUGUCGAUGAUAUUGCCGAAUUUAUCUUGUUCGCUCUACAACACGCUCUAGCCGAUCAAAAUGCAGUCCGUCAGGCAAUCGAUCAUCCAAUUAUAACAUGGUUACUGACGUGCGUGUGUGCUCCGCAUUGUAUAAAGAAUCCAUAUGUCACUGCCAAAUUAGUUGAGGUACUAUUUGUGUUCUCAUUGGCUCCAUCAAGUUCAUCAUUAAAUGUUUUGAUGUGGAAUCAUGAACUGUCACAAACAGUUUUGGUCAGUUCGUUGAUGAAAUUCUACACUGACAUCGAAACGACUGGACAAAGUACUGAAUUUUACGAUAAGUUUACAAUAAGGUAUCAUAUAAGUCAUUUAUUCAAAUCAAUGUGGGAUAGUCCAAUUCAUAGACAGGUCAUGAUAACUGAAUCUAAAUCGGGCAAGCAAUUUGUUAAGUUUGUCAAUAUGUUAAUGAACGACACAACAUUCUUGUUAGACGAAUGUUUGGAGAAUCUUAAACGUAUUCAUCAGACUCAGGUUCUGAUGAUGAACGAGAGCGCUUGGGCUGAGCUGGGAUCAGAACAACAACAAACUCGGCUCUCACAGUUGUCUACAGAUGAAAGACAAUGUCGGUCGUAUUUAACACUUGCCAGAGAAACUGUCGAAAUGUUCCAUUAUUUAACAGACGAUAUUAAGGAGCCCUUUAUGCGAGCUGAACUUGUUGAUCGGCUAAGUUCAAUGCUGAACUUUAAUCUGCAACAAUUGUGCGGGCCAAAGUGCAAUGAUUUGAAAGUGAGAAAUCCAGCGAAAUAUGGUUGGGAGCCAAGACGCCUGCUCGGCCAAAUAUUCGACAUAUAUUUACAUCUUGACUGUGAUAGAUUCGCGCAAGCGCUUGCCGCUGACGAGCGAUCAUUUCAAAAGCAUCUUUUCGACGAUGCAGCAAAUCGUAUCGAACGGCUUGGCAUUCGAUCGACCAUUGAAGUGGAGAAGUUUAGGGCAUUGAUUACAAAAGCUCAUGACACAUAUGUUGCUAAUCAACAAGCAGAAGACGAGUGCGCGGAUGCGCCUGAUGAGUUCAAGGAUCCUUUAAUGGAUACUCUAAUGUUGGAUCCAGUUAUUCUACCGUCAGGUACGGUAAUGGACCGAGCAAUAAUCACCCGCCAUCUUCUGAACAGCAGUACGGAUCCCUUCAAUCGACAGCCGCUCACCGAGGAUAUGCUCAUCCCAAAUGUAGAACUGAAGGAUCGCAUAGACGCCUGGCGGCGGGAGAAGCGAGACAAAAGACAAAAUCAGCAGCAAUUGGACUUAUUUGAUAAAAGUAGCUAAGCACAUUAUCAUUUUUCUCAAAUACGCGAGUUAAUAUAUAAAUAAUUUGUAGUAGUUGUGUUUUUUUUUUCUUUUCUUUCUAAUUUUUCUAAAUUUAAAUUUUUAUAUGCAAUUUGUUUAUAUAAAAUUAUUAUUAUUAUUAAUAUUCAUUCAUUUGUUCAUUUAAUAUUUUGAUUAUGUUUUUGGUUUUUUUGUUUUGCUAGGAACUUAAUUUGAUUAGUUAAAAAGUUUGUACGUUCAAUUAGGAAGAAAAUAUUGAGAGUAGUUUAUUCAGAUUCACCCAAAACACAACCGAACCGCUCAUCGUCGUCAUUUGUUUUGAAAUUGUUUGUUGCUGUGGUUGGUUGUGCUGGGGGGGAUUAUUAUUGGCGUUAUGUUAAUUUUUCUUUCUUUCUUUUGUUUAUCUUUGAAAUAUCUGUAUUAGAUACAUAGUAUUUAAAUUGCUUAUAAAUAAAGAGAAAAGAACAAAAACAAAAUAAAAACGAGAAUAAGAAAUGAUAGUUUAAACAUUUAUGUAAACUGGAACUAAUAUAAUAUAAAAAUAUAUAUAUACAUGAUUACAUAUAAAAAUAAUUUAGAGAAAACAAAAAAGGAAAUCGAAAAAUAUACAAACAAUUUUGUCAUAAGUGUAAAAAUUCAA